GCGGGUUUGGUUUAUGCUUUUGCCCUCGAGUGCGGUUGGUCGGAGGAUUCUCGUCUUCCGGUGGAAAAGAUGAAGCUGAAGCAACUGGAAAGCUUCUUAGGUGAUCUUCAACAGUUCUCGAACCCAAAGGUGGAAUUGGAGCAGUACCCAACUGGACCUCACAUUGCUUCUCGCAUGAUCUAUACUGCCGAGAAUUCUUUUGAUGAUAUCGGCAACAAAAUAGUGGUGGAUUUUGGCUGUGGAUGUGGUACAUUGGGUGCUGCAGCUGCUCUCUUGGAUGCAGGGUAAGUUCCCAUUUUGCCUUUUCUCUUCCUAGGAGAUUCUUGUUUUGAGUUAUUUUCCUUUGUGGUUUAGCCAGUAAAGCUGCUCAGCUCUCUCAACUGCCUGGGAUUAUCUCCAACUCCAUUUCCUUGUUGGCUUGUUUUAGAUUCUUU